AGUUAGCCUCAGCCUUGCCUUCCUCCUCCACGUUCAUCGCUGCUGGAAGUGGACCAGGCUGUCACAGUCCAACAUUACCCGUCGUCGUUUGUUUUCCUCCCGAUAAGCAGCGCGGCUCGUCCUCCCUCUCUCCCCCCUGAGAGGCGCAGCCUCCCCAGUCUGCCAGAGGAGAGCAGUCGUUGCUCCCAGCGGAAGAUGGCGGUGGAGAUGCUGUCUGGCGCUGGAGCGGAGUGCUUCAGAGGCACGAGAGGCCAACUCGGAUGGAUUUAGAGGGGAGCUGGGAGAGGAACUCUUUUCCAUGUCUUCGCCUCGAAGUCUGGACCUUUUUGACUCGCGCCUGUUACCCCUUUUGCCGGCAGAAGCCCGGGCUUCUUGUCGGGGAUUUACAGACUGCACUCUGAGUUCUCAGACAGACGGGUGGGAGUAAAAAAAAAUAAAGAAAAAGUGGAGGAAAAUGUCGGAUACAAAGGUAAAAGUUGCGGUGAGAGUUCGGCCCAUGAACCGCAGGGAGAUUGAACUGAACACUAAAUGUGUCGUGGAUAUGGAGGACAACCAAACCGUCCUGCACCCUCCACCCUCCAACGUCAAAGGAGAGAACAGGAAACAGCCUAAGGUGUUUGCUUUCGAUCACUGCUUCUGGUCCAUGGAUGAAUCCAACAUUCCAAAAUAUGCCGGUCAAGAGGUGGUGUACAAGUGCCUUGGAGAGGGAAUACUUGAAAAUGCAUUCCAGGGAUAUAAUGCCUGCAUUUUUGCCUAUGGACAAACAGGUUCAGGCAAGUCCUUUUCCAUGAUGGGUAAUGGAGAGCAUCCAGGUCUGAUCCCUCGGUUGUGCUGCUCUCUGUUUGAGAGGGUCCACAAAGAGGCAAACGAGUCCCACUCUUUCAAAAUAGAGGUGUCCUACAUGGAGAUCUACAAUGAAAAAGUCCGUGACCUGCUGGAUCCCAAAGGGAGCCGCCAGUCUUUGAAAGUCCGUGAGCACAAAGUCCUGGGUCCGUAUGUGGAUGGUCUGUCCCAGCUGGCUGUGACUAACUUUGAGGACAUCGAGGUGCUAAUGUCAGAGGGGAACAAAUCUCGCACAGUUGCAGCCACCAACAUGAACGAGGAGAGCAGCAUGAAGGCUCCAGAGCUGAAGGACAGACUGGAAGAGUCAGAGAAACUCAUUCAGGAGAUGACGGUGACAUGGGAGGAGAAGCUGAGGAAAACGGAGGAGAUUGCCACCGAACGACAGAAACAGCUGGAGAGCAUGGGCAUCUCUUUGGAAACUUCUGGAAUUAAAGUAGGAGAGGACAAGUGUUUCCUGGUAAAUCUGAAUGCUGAUCCGGCCCUGAAUGAGCUGCUGGUUUACUACCUGAAGGAGCACACACGUGUAGGCGCAGACACGUCUCAGGACAUCCAGCUCUGUGGGAUCGGGAUUCAGUCGGAGCACUGCGUCCUGGAGCUCUGCCCGGAUGGUGAUGUCACUCUCACGUCCAUCGGUAACGCCAGGACUUGUGUGAAUGGUACCAUAAUUGACUCCUCGGUGCACCUGUGGCACGGAGACCGUAUUUUGUGGGGAAACAAUCACUUUUUCAGGAUAAAUCUGCCCAAACGAAAGCGGCGGGACCGUUUGAAGGAGUUGGAGAGAGCCUCUCCCAGGGAGAGCUUUGUGGAGGCAGAUGUAGAAACGGCCAGCGAGGCCUCCUCUGAGCAAGACUACAGCUAUGAGUUUGCUCAGAUGGAGGUCAUGAUGAAGACUCUUGGACACAAUGACCCUAUGCAGAAUGUGGUCCAAGUGUUGGAAAAGCAGUACCUGGAGGAGAAGAGGAUGGCCUUAGAGGAGCAAAGGCUCAUGUAUGAGCGAGAGCUGGAGUCGCUGCGGCAACAGCUCUCUCCCGAGAAGCCGCUGCAGCAUCAGCAUCACCGCAGCAGCAGCGAGCGGCUGACUUUCCCGACACACGCACCGCACGGCAAGCUGCGUCUGUGGACGGAGGAAAGGGAUGAGCUUUUUCGUCAGAGUCUGUCUCGGCUCAGAGAGCAGGUUGUCAAAGCCAACACUCUGGUGCGAGAAGCCAACUUUUUGGCAGAGGAGAUGAACAAACUCACCGACUAUCAGGUCACACUUCAGAUUCCUGCUGCCAACCUCAGUGCCAACCGCAAGCGCGGAGCUAUUGUGAGCGAGCCGGCCAUUCAGGUGCGAAGGAAAGGGAAGGGGACCCAGGUGUGGACCAUUGAGAAGCUGGAGAACAAACUAGUAGACAUGAGAGACCACUACAGAGACUGGAAAGAAGGCACAGAAGAAACGCACAACAAAGGAAAUAGUAAACAGUCGGAUCCGUUCUAUGAGGCACACGAAAACCACAACCUGAUCGGAGUGGCCAACAUUUUUCUCGAGUGCCUUUUCCAUGAUGUGAAGCUGCAGUAUGCUGUCCCCAUCAUCAGCCAACAGGGAGAGGUUGCAGGCAGGCUGCACGCUGAGCUGAUGCGUGUUAGUGGACCCAUUCCUGAGCGCCUUUCUGGAGGAGAUGACUCCUCUGAGAACUCCAGUGAGAGCAGCUGCUAUGAGGUUAUGGACACCAACGGAGAGAUCGUGGUCAUGGCCAAGAGGCUCACCUGCAGGGUGCGGAUCAGAGAGGCCACCGGGCUGCCGCUCAACCUGUCCAACUUUGUCUUCUGUCAGUACACUUUCUGGGAUUACGGUGAGCCCAUUGUGGUUCCUCCCAUGGUUAGCCCUGACAGACCGUCUCCUCGUAGUCCGGAUGCUCAGUUCACGGUCCAGUUUGAUCACUGCAAGGAUUACGUAGUGCCUGUAACAGAUGAGUUCUUAGAGUUUAUAUCCGACGGAGCGCUGGCUAUAGAGGUGUGGGGCCACCGCUGUGCGGGGAAAGGACGCCCACUGUGGGAGCUGGAUGCACUGGAGGCUAAAACCCAGACCCUCAAAGACAGGUGGAGUGAGGUGUCCCGCAGAAUCGAACUGUGGGCAUCCAUCCAGGAGCUGAAUGAGCAGGGCGAGUACACCUCAGUGGAGCUGCAACCUGCAAAAGACAUCAGCACGGGAGGAGUGUUCCAGCUCCGACAGGGUCACUCCAGGAGGCUGCAGGUGUGUGUGAAACCGGUCCAGAACUCGGGCACUCUGCCUCUGCUGGUGGAGGCGGUGCUGUCUGUUUCUAUUGGCUGUGUGUCAGCUCGCUGCACCAAACUACAGAGACCCCUCGACAGCUACCAGAGAGAGGUGGAAGACGAAAUGGAUAGUUAUCAGGAGGAGGAUCUCAACUGCGUUCGAGAGCGCUGGUCAGACGCCCUUAUCAAACGCCGCGAGUAUCUUGAUGAGCAAAUCAAGAAAAUCAUCAACAAACGCGAAAAGUCUGAGGAGGACAUGGAGCGUGAAGCCCGGCUGGUGGAGCAGUGGGUCGGGCUGACUGAGGAGAGGAAUGCAGUGCUGGUACCCACACCUGGAAGUGGCAUCCCUGGAGCUCCUGCAGACUGGAACCCGGCUGCAGGGAUGGAAGCCCACAUUCCCGUCCUCUUCCUGGAUUUAAACGCGGAUAAUCUGACAGUGAACGAGCAGCUGACGGGGCCACACGCCGCCGGCGUUAACUCCAUCCUGCCCAAAGAGCACGGCAGCCAGUUCUUCUAUCUGCCCAUCAUCCGGCACAGCGACGAGGAGGUUCUGGCGGUUUGCUCCUGGGAUUCCUCCAUCCAUGAUUCUGUUCACCUCAACCGGGUCACUUCACCAAAUGAGCGGAUCUACCUGAUCAUUAAGGCCACGGUGCAGCUCAGCCACCCUGCCUCCAUGGAGCUGGUGCUUCGGAAGAGGAUCGCAGUGAACAUCUACAACAAGCAGAGUUUCACUCAGAGCCUCAAGAGAAGAAUGUCCCUGAGAAACACGCUGUACUCCUGCGGAGUAACUUAUGAGAUCGUUUCCAACAUACCAAAGGCCUCCGAGGAGCCAGAGGAGAGGGAAACCUUGGCUCUUAUGGCUGCACGAGGAGACAGCGAAGAAACUCAGGAUGGAGAAACUUAUAUCGAAAAGUACACCCGCGGAGUUCUGGAGGUGGAGAACAUCCUGAGUCUGGAGAGGCUAAGACAGGCUGUGACGGUGAAGGAAGCCCUCGCUGCCAGAGGGAGACAUUUGAGAAGAAGCAUCAGCACCCCAAAUGCUUCCUGUAGCAAAACCGACCUGACGGGCUGUGAGGAUGAAGAGUGGAAGAACCACUGCGAGCACAUGGACAACACCAGCUACAACCCUCAAGAGGGCGCCGUUUGCACCACACCUGUCAAAAAUAAGGAGAAUGGAGGCGUGCCUCCAGAAAGUCCCACUUUUUUCAGCGUGAGCCCCUUCAAAGUCCUCUCACCCCAGCCGCCGAAAUUCCUCAAGUCUUUACUUCCUGUCAAAGAGGAGAACAAGACAAAGAAGGGGCAGGAGGUCCGGCCGCUGCUGGGACAAGAGCAGAGCAUGCGCUCUUGUGUGGACAGCCCUGCACUGCUCCCCUCUCCCUGCUCCUGGCGUCGACCCAGGGCAGGCAGCGAGGGCCACUGCAAGCCUUCCACUCCCACCUCCACCCCCACCAGCAGGCAGCUCAGCCACACACUGCCACACGCUGCACAGGACUCUGACGAUGAAGAACCCAACAUGGUUGUGACUCGGACUUUGAAUCGAGGCUUGCAGGACCAAAGCGGCUUCCACCCUUACAUCCCAGAAGACUUUGCAAACUUUGAAAUCUACAACGCCACCCUGGACAACCAGGAGAGGACUCACUCGGACUCGAAGGGAAGCCGCUGUGGAGGUGGAGACGUGUCCCGAAGCCCCACAACCAGCAGCUGCACUAGUGGCUACUUCUCACACAGUGCCUCCGAUGCCACUCUUUCGGAUGUGCCUUUCAGUGCCAGUGAGAGCUCCGACCGCCUGAGCUGCACCUCCAGAGAGUCCCACGACCCCCCCGGCUGCCCGGCAGGUAGAAGCUACCUCCACAACAGUAGUGUUUCUGCAGGCGGUGAGGCCCAGCAGCCGGCCUCCUCAGCUCCCCCGCUCCGCCCGUCUCCCUCUGAACCAGUGGAUAUUCCUAACUGCACAGAUCCACUGCCUCAGAACUGUGUGCUCAGCACCAGCCAGGAGUUCACUGACUUUAAAGGAGCGGAUGAUGGCGUCGGGGAGGGGGAUUUAUCACAUUUCACUCAAGGAUGGGAAAAAGAGGGAUCUCAUUUUUCUGAAAACCACCAGAGAAGAACUGACAUAGAAGUAUGUAACACUGACGGUCAGCACUGCUCUGACGUCACUAAUAAGACUUCUGUUGGGGUAAAAGCAAUAUGCAAAUGUUCCUCCCCUGAGGACAAUGCAAGUGUGUCUGUGCUCAGCCCAGACUCUUCAGUCAAAGCCCCCGGCCCAAGUGCUCCACUUUUAAGUCCUGCUUCAUCAGCACUUUCACCACCGUCCUCCACCAGAGCUCCAAGAGCAGGUGGAGAACCUCCCAUCCAGGAGCCGGCCCAAGGAGACCUGCCCCACGGGAGUCCCUGCCCCAGCCCAAACCCCAGCAGUGCCGAGCCGUCCGGGGACUCCAGCGGCGAUGAGAGCACCCCUGUAGCUCAGCUUCCUGACUGGAUGGCACCGGGGGAGCAGGUUUGGGUGGGGAAGAGGAGGGGAACGGUCCACUAUGUUGGAGGGGUGGAGUUCGCCAAGGGAAUUUGGAUCGGUGUAAAGCUGGACCUAGCAGUAGGUAAACACAAUGGGACUGUGCAGGGGAGGGUGUACUUCCGCUGCCCCCCGGGUCACGGCGUGUUCGUGAAACCAUCUCGACUCACCAAAGGGCCGCCCUCCAUGGAUACAGACACCCAGACUCUGAUCAGAUAGGACCCAAAGAAGGACUCCGGAGCAACAGGGCGCUCCGAAGCAGUCCCGAGAUGUCUACUCCCAUUAAAGAGCUGACAUGUUCUGCAGGCCCGGAUGCUUUGCUGGAUCAUAUCGUAGCUGUGCGUUUAAUGAAGGUGUUUAAAGAAAUCCCUAUGCACGGAUCAUAUUUUUAUAAAUGACACAGGUUUGAACUCUAUCAUCCACCUACAUUUCUUUAGCAGCAAACAUUAUAUUUAUAUAUUUUAUAUUCUUCUAACGUGGGAUUUAAAGAUCAAGAAUGUACUACUGUUACUAUACAUUGAUAUCAAUAUAUGUCAGGGCUAACCAAAGAACUACGGUUCCAUAUCUGCUGUUCUAAGUGAUGUGCUAUUUUUUUAUAAUGUGCAUUCUUGAUGAAGCUUAGUGCCAUAUUUCUAGGAGUCGUGAGAGUGAACCUGCUAAAGCAGUUGUCAGCGAUCCGUACUGUAAUGAUCCCGCUGAGCAGCAGACUGUUGGGAAGCUUGCACUGGAAAGGAUUCUUGGAGAGUUCAGACCGUCUCUUGGACGAAUUUUUUAAAAAAAGUGAUUCACUCCAAUCGACUCCUGUUUGAAGUGUUGGAUAAACUGAUGCCUUAACGCCCGGUUUGCUCACAAAGGCACAUAAAACCCCGACCGCUCGGUGGCAACAUCACUGAGUCAUAACUGUUCAGACCUGAAACCUGUGUUCAGAACGCCUCUCUGACUGAUCAAAUGAAUUCCUGUUUUCAACUGUUUUUUUUCACAGUUGCAGGAUUGAACAAACAUCUACUAGUAUUCGAGUUUUGCUGCAAACUACUUGUAACGAGAGAAUGAUUUGAGCUUUCUUUUUAUGGAAGUGAUGAACUGUGGAUCUGACUAGACAUAGUUAAUUAUUUGAGCUAUAAUCUCAAGUAAAACGAAAGAAACCCGAAGACCUUACUUUAUAGAAGAAAACUAAGCUGCUCUCCCUCACAAGGAGCUGUAAAUAGAAAUGUAUUUGAACAUAGUAUUUACACUUUUAUGUACAGUAUUGUAUUUAUGAUGUACCUGUUUUAAUGGGUAUUAAAUGUUCUAGAAUAGAACAUUUACAUUCAAA